UGUGUGGCUGGCCCAGACAAGCGAUAAACUGAGGAGUAAGUGGUUGCCUGGGAUGGGAAUCGUGAUUGCGUUUGCUUAGGCACAACAAUUAUCCGCAGUUAAUGUAAACCAAAUCAAUAAUUAAGUUGCGAACGAAGCCCAGAAUUAGUCGCAUUAUAAAUCGGAAUGUAUGCAUUUACGAUAAUCAGAUCUAUAAUUAUAUUAUUAGAUGGUAUAUGUAAUAGCCAGUGCCUGGCUCCUUACAAAAAGGUUAUAAAGGUUACCAUAAGUCGCCAGGUGGCGCAUUCUUUAGUUGGAAGACAAAAUGAAGUUUAUGAAGUACGCCGUUUUCUUUUACGCGUCCGUCGGCAUCGAACCGUAUACGAAAUCUUCGCGUUCCCAGAAGAAAAGCCUCUCGUCCGACCUUCUCUUCUGGGCCAAUGUGAUCAACCUAAGUGUGAACAUUGCAGGAGAGUUUAUGUACCUGGGGGUGUCCCUUUACAACGGCCAGUUGAUCGAAGCCGUCACCGUGAUGUCCUACAUAGGAUUCGCAUUUGUCGGAAUGAGCAAAAUGUUCUUCAUCUGGUCGAGAAAGCGUGCCCUGAGUAGCAUGGUCGACGAACUGGAAAUGAUUUACCCUCCGAACCCAAUCCAAGAGGAGAAGUAUUGCCUGCACAGUUACUUGCGUUCUUGUUCGAGAAUUAGCAUCAUCUAUUCCCUUCUUUACUUACUUCUGAUUUGGACAUUCAAUCUGUUCAAUAUGAUGCAGUACCUUGUUUAUGAAAAAUGGCUAAAGAUUCGUACCGUUGGCCAAACUUUGCCUUAUUCCGAGUACUUUCCAUGGGUCUGGGAAGGCAACUUGUCCUUCUAUUUACAGUUCUUGAGUCAGAACUUUGCAGGACAUUCCUCGGCCUCGGGUCAGAUAUCCACGGAUCUUUUGCUCUGCGCCGUAGCCACCCAGGUAGUGAUGCAUUUCGAUUAUCUUGGAAGGGUUUUGGAGAAGCACAAAUUGACAGGCGAUUGGAAGAAGGACUCGAAAUUUUUGGUUAAAACUGUUCGCUACCAUCAGCGUAUUCUACGGUUGACCGAAGUGAUUAAUGAAAUCUUUGGGCUACCCCUGUUACUGAAUUUUAUGGUCUCAACAUUUGUCAUUUGCUUUGUGGGCUUUCAAAUGACCGUCGGGGUUCCGCCUGAUCUUCUGGUGAAACUCUUUCUUUUCCUUUUUUGUUCAAUGUGUCAGGUGUACUUGAUCUGCCACCACGGCCAAUUAAUUGCUGAUGCGAGUUCUGGACUAGCAAUUGCCGCCUACAACCAAAACUGGAGUUAUGCUGAUGUCCGCUAUCGCCGAGCUCUGGUAUUUAUUAUUGCCCGAUCCCAAAAGAUUACCUAUUUAAAAGCCACCGUAUUUAUGAACAUAACCCGUGCCACCAUGACAGAUAUCCUUCAGACAUCAUACAAAUUUUUUGCUUUACUCCGAACCAUGUAUGUAAAAUAAAAAUAAUUGUUUUACAAGUGAGAUAUUACAUAACAACAAGCAAAAUAUUACAUAAUUACUAAAAAAAAGUUAUGUGCAUCAAAGUUAUUUAAUAAAAAUUUUGCCGAAUUAGCUAAUUUGUCGGA